GGGUGGGGAGCGGCGCUGUGGCGGCGGCGGGACCCGGCGAGGGGAAGAGGCUGAAGAUGUCGAGGACCGUGAUUCUCUGACACAGGCAGCAAAAAAGAACAUGUUAAAAUCACAAGCCAUUCCAAACCGGGGUUCCUGGAGAGGCUCGGUGAGACUUCUGGGGGCAUGUUGAUGGGACUUGUGACAUUUCUUCUGUCUUUCUACCUUAUUUUUACCAAUGAGGGACGAGCUUUGAGGACAACCAAAUCUCUUGAUGAGGGACUUUCUCUGGUGGUCCCUCUUGAUAGUAUCUACACUGUGUCUCAACAGCACGAAGGAAGACUAGUGCACUUAGCUGGCACUCUAAGCACAUCAAAGCCUUUGUUUGAUCCCAGCUAUGGGCUCUCCAUCCAUGCCGUCAAACUUAAGCGUAAUGUGGAAAUGUACCAGUGGGUAGAAUAUGAAGAUUCAAAGGAAUAUGAAGAGAAGGGUGAAGUUAAGAAAGAGACAAAAUAUACAUACAAUACUGAAUGGAAAUCAGAAGUUGUGAACAGCAGAAACUUCGAUCGAGAAAUUGGACAUAAAAACCCUAGUGCUAUGGCUGUGGAGUCUUUCACUGCUGUUUCUCCUAAUGUCCAAGUUGGCAGCUUUUUUCUUUCUAAAGGUCUUGUGGAUAGGAUUGAUGACUUUAAGCAGUUGAGCUUGUCAAACCUCGAGGAUCCACAUGCUGACGUUACCCGGGCAGGAGACUACUUUUACCAUAGCGAGAACCCCAGGCGUCCAGAAGUGGGAGACCUUCGUGUCUCGUUCUUCUAUGCAGGUCUGAGUGGAGAUAACCCCCAUUUGGGCCCAGCUGAUAAGGUGACUGUGGUUGCUCGCCAGCGAGGGGAUCAACUGAUUCCAUAUCACACCAAGUCUGGAGAUGUUCUGCAGAUUCUCUACCCUGGAGAUCUCUCUGUGGAGGAGGUGUUUCAAAAAGAGCAUGAGAGCAACACCAUGAAGACCUGGGCCCUCCGUGCAGCAGGCUGGCUGGCAAUGUUUGUAGGCAUCAACCUAAUGACGCGAAUCCUUUACACUUUGGUGGACUGGUUUCCUGUUGUGAGAGAUCUGGUUAACAUUGGAUUAAAAGCUUUUGCCUUCUGCGUGGCCAGCUCGUUGUCUCUCCUGACAAUCUCCAUUGGCUGGUUUUUCUACCGCCCCCUCUGGGCUUUGCUGAUCGGGUUGCUCUCUGCAGUUCCAAUUGUGAUUGCAAAAUCUCGUGUUCCACCCAAGAAGCACCAGUGAGAUGGGGGUGCUCAGGUUUUGCACUCAGUCCUGGUUAGAACCUUUUCAAGUGCAUUUCUGUUCCAGAUACAGCAGUUUGGCAGCGUGCACCAAAAGCUUGGGAGGGAGCUGAGAUGUUACUAUUGACACACUUACCCAUAAAAGUAAGACUAUUUUAGGAUGUUGCUUUGUAGGAAGUCAAAAUUGACUUGAGGAACAAAGCAUUUUAGAGUGUCUGCAUUCAUUAUAAAUCAGUGAAGAAGCAGAUUUUCUCUUACCACUUAUUAAUUCCCUUGAUUAAGAACUGGUUAAGUCUUCACUGACAGUGGGACACCUUGUCUAUAGGGAGAAAGGGUCAGAUUCACCACAUGGACUGUCAUAUGAAGUCCUUAGGAAAUAUGUGUAUAUACCUGUCUUUGACAAUCCCUCCCUCUGACACUUUGCGUCUUAUACACAGUCACGUACACUUCUCUUGUUGAUGCAUUUUGAAGUGUAUGUGUUCGAAGAAGUAACACAACUUGUCUGAGAUGCACACAAUGCUUAGGUAUAACGUAUGCUUUUGGACUGAAGAUUUAUUUGAAAAGUAAAUGGCAGUCAUGAGUGGUCAGGUUAGCAGUGUUCUAAGGCAGGGCAGAUUUAUCAGAAAGCACUGAUUUCCCCAACUUAAAAGCCUCUGAAGUCGUUAGUUUGGCAUCCAGGGUGGCAGCAUGGACUAUACCGUUGCAUAAGUAUUUCAAAACCUUAACUUUGAACUGCACUUGCUUAAAGGGAUACUCAGAAGUCACUUGCCUUUGACUAGUCUUUAAAAAUAAAACCUGCUGCCUUGAAACAAAGCUUACUAACUUUUAAAAUCUAAUGUAUGUUGUUCUUUAAAAUAUUUGGUGCUUUUCCUAUGUAUGCUGUUUCUUUUUUGAAUUUCACUUAGGAAAGACAAUGAAAAUGCUCCAUGAAAUUAAAUCAUGAAAACAUAUUAUCUUGAUUUCAUAAGCUUUAAUAACCUAAGUUUUGAGCUUUAUAUCAUGUUAACAUAAUGCCUUCAUGUAGUAUUGUGAUUACUCAUGUUUACAUAUUUCUGCUGUCACCAGUAUUUGCAGUUGUAAAUGAUCUAGCACUGUUUUUUAAGUGUGUCUCUUCCCAGCCACAGACUAGCUUCUAGAUGUGCCCAACCUACACUUUGGUGUUUUUUCUCUAAAUACGCAUAAUUCAGUACACAAACAGGAAAUGUCUUCAGUAAAUAUAUUUAUGAAUACCAGUUGUGUCAGGAGAAAUGCAUUCCCCAUACCAAAAGAACUUACUUUAACAUAUGUAAAAGCAAAUGUUUCCUAAAACAGAGAAUUGAUUUAUAAAACAUAAGUUUUUUUUGUUUUGUUUUGUGUUUUUUUAAGCCUUAAUUCUUCUCGCUCUUUUGGUAUUUUAACACUAUGAGUUCAGCCUCAAGUUUUCAUGGCCCAGUUCUGCUGGUGAAAGCAGUGGUAGUGAGUGCAAGGCUAUUUGAAGUACAAGAACUAGUCUAAAGCAAGGAGUGUGUUAGGGAGACUGAACAAUCUAUUUCUGCCACUCUAACGCAUCUUUUGCUCCAUCAAAUGAGGAGUUGCAUUUAGCUGGGGAGAAAACCAGAAGUGUUGGAGUGCUGUUAUACAAAUUAUACAGGAAGCUACAACCAUUCUCCACAGAGGUGGAGAAAACAUUUUCUACAAAGUGCUGAACUUUUGUAUAUUUAAUAAAAAUGAUUUUCAAAA